AUGGUACCUGUAAAAAAGUUCAGUAUUUUAGUUUGCCCAGCUGAAUGCCCCGAUGAUCUGCGUGAUUGUGUGGAAGAUGAACCAUACAAAGGUUGUCAAUGUGUCCCUGGAUAUGAAGCUGAAACUCCCGAAAGUGACUGUAAAAAUAUCAAUGAAUGUUUGACGAAAUGCCAAGAUUCUGGACAAAGCUGUACCGAUACUGAAGGAUCAUAUGAGUGCACAUGUGCGGAAAACUAUUACCAAACAGAAGCGGGAUUUUGUAUCUUGGUUUGCCCCGAUGUUUGUCAAAACAACUCAAAAUGCAUAUACCCAGCCAGAGGCUGCGAAUGCAGCGAAGGCUUUACGAGUUCUGAAGAUCCAAGCACAUGUGAAGAUAUUGAUGAAUGUUCGACCAAAUGCGGAGAUGACGAACAAAAAUGCGUCAACACGGACGGGUCUUUCACUUGUGGAUGUGCUGAAAAUUACGUUGAAUUAGCGGAUGGAACGUGUGAGCCAGUACCACCGACUUGUGCAAACAUUGAAUGCGAUGGUGAUCAUAAUUCCUGCAGGAAUAAUGACGAAGGAGAACCGCAAUGUUUUUGUGAUGUAGGAUAUUUUCCUAAUCCAGAUACAACCAAUUGUGAAAAUGUUGACGAAUGUGAAACAAACUGUUUAGCAGAAGUAAACGUUUGUAAUGAUACAGAUGGAUCGUUUACUUGUUCUUGUAUCGCUGGAUAUGAAAAGGCGGAAGACGGUUCUUGUAACGAAAUAUUUUGCCCAGAAAAAAAGGUAAUAUGCGGAGAGGCUCCUGAGGAUUUGUGUGAAGACCAGACUGAUUUCAUCACUUUUCCUUCUGUUAAAGUCGGAUAUCACAGUAAUUCAUAUAACGUCUGCAGUGAUUCAACACCAAAUGCUGGAAAAGUCAUGGGCACCCGUGAAUGCGCAAUGGACGGGACAUGGAAGGAUCCGACAUGGCUCUCCUCGUGUAAUACAACUUUAGAGGAUUUAUCACAAAUUACCAUUGAGAGCGACGAAGAACGUGAAGAAGUUGUUAGCACCCUGGAAGUUAUGACGGUAAAAUCAGAAGAAUUGACUUCAGAAGAUAUUAAUGCUACAGUAACGGUGUUGAAUAAAGUAACAAGUACUAAUGACCAUCUUACGCAAGAUGUUUCGUCUUCCGUUGUCACAACUGUGGGCAAUUUAAUGGAGUCACCUGAGAUGGCCGAGAGUGGACAAUUAGAAGAAUUGCUCGACACAAUAGAUUCUGUGACGGCAAAUGUAAUAUUAUCUUCUGAUGGAGAAAACUUUACCGAAAUCAGCAACCAACUAUCAGUAAUUGUAAUUGAGAGAAGUAAUAAAAAAGGUGAAGGAAUUGGGCAGGGAUUGCGAACUCUGAGACGACCAAACAUUACAGAAGAAGGUUUCCGGUCAGAUCAAUUUCAAUUAUUUGAUGACGAAACACUGACUGACGAAGAAGAAACCAGCGAACUUUACUCCACAAUAUAUUUAUCUGGGGGUUUGUUAGACAAGAUAUCAGAUGCAUCAAAAAUCAGCUUUGUAACUUUCGGCAAUAGUAAUUUAUUUCAAUCAAGUUCUGCGCCAAAUGAAACUAGUACAAGAAUGAGAUCAAUGAAAGCUGGCAAUAAUAAUGAACCUUUCAUUAAUUCAUUUGUAAUGUCGACUGGUGCAGAAGAUGGUGUAUCCAAAUUACCAGAUGGAGAGGAAGUCAGAUUUUCAACCAAGUUAAUUGAGGCAUUGAAUAGUUCAUACAAAAUUGAAGAGGUGGCAACCUGUGUUCACCGGGAUGGGAUAGAAUGGAAAAAUGAUAGUUGUCGUCUGAUCAUAGAGGACACAACAGAUAAAUGGGUCUCAUGUGGAUGCAAUUUGUUUGCCGAUUUUGCCGUCAAGUUUAAAUAUAUACCACCCGAAAUUACUUGUGCAGAAGAAAAUAUCCCGAUAAUUGUAGGCUGUUCGUUUUCAAUCUUCACUUCUAUUCUUGUCAUUGUAUUGGUCCUCGUAGUACCUAAAGCUUGGGAAAGCAGCAAGUUCCGAUCGGCAUUCUUAUUCUUGAAUUUAUCAAUUGGAUUACUUGGAUUGAACAUUACUUUUCUUGUUAUCAAUUCUGUCGACCCAGAGACAAUAUCCUGUGCACCACUAGCAGCAGUUCUUCACUUUUUUCUUGUUUUUGUUUUUGCUUUCAUGAACAACGAAGUUGCCAAUCUUUAUAUUACGUUGGCAAAGCCUCUACUUGCACGUAAAGGAAUUGUGUAUCAAAUUCUCGUUCCUGCUAUGGUUGGAUGGGGAUGGCUGAUGCCGUUAUUAUUUGUUGGAAUAACAGUUGCUGUUAAUAUUGAUUACUACAUUUCGGAUUCUUUAGCAUGCGAAAGAUGUUGGAUUCAAUCUGAUAUGGUUCUAUAUUUGGUUUAUAUUCCGCUAUCAAUAUUAUUCGGAAUCAACUUGGUAUUAUAUACGUUGAUAUCGGUUAAAAUAUGCCUCCAUAAAACAAAUGUGAAGCUUGUGACGUCAUCAACAACGUUUGAUAUAUGGAUGAAUUGGACAACGCACAUAUGUUUCAACAUAAUAGUUGUAAUAACGUGGAUUCAAGGACUUUUAGCGAUAAACAUUUCAUUUUCCAACUCCGUGGUUAUGUCUUACAUAUUUGCAGUGUUUAAUGUUAUACAAGGUAUAUCAUUUGUUCUUCUUUUCCUUGGUCGAAAUACAAACUUAUUUUCAAGCUUCUUGUCAAUCACCUACCGGGACUAUUCUCCGUACGACCCGAGUGAUUCUUCAAUUCACGGUGAUACAACUCCGGGACAAGAACGCCGAACGCGUCGAAGGACACCGUAUCACAAUGAGGGAUACCAGUAUGCUGGUAACGACGAGGCUUUCAGAACUCCAGACUAUCAUUUUAGAAACAUUCCUAUGGAACGGGGAUCCCGUACCAACCCAGUUUAUGAAUAUGAUCGUAUGGACGCAUAUGGUGUGGAGCUCACAGAAUCGCCAGCGGCCCCACGAGAUAAUCCGGCUUUCCAGUUUGAUGCAGCCGAUGCAUUUAAUACAAAUAUCGAAGAAUUUCGUGGAAUACCUAGAGCAAAACUACAGCGGGUUGUUAAGUCAUCGUCUUGCUAAUAUUAAACUACGUUAAAACA